AUGUUAUCUAACCAAAGAGGAAAAUCGAGAUUUGAUUUAAAUACCAUAAGGUAUCCCGCUCCUGUUGUGGAUCCUAUCCAUUUAUGGUCCAAAUCGCCCCAUUUGGAUGUAAAUGCUGCCAGAAAAACAUUUCUAACCAAAAUUGUAGUCCUAACUGUUCUGAUAUGGUUAUUAAUAUUUCUUGUUUCUGCCGUAUUUAUUGGUGGUGGUCAUAAUCCAUCGCGUUAUACCAAAAAUUUACGUGUUUUAAUUGUUGAUUAUGAUCAACAACUAGCCGGUACGUUGCUUUUAGAAUCAUUUCAUCGCUCUCCACCGGGUAAUCUAACCUUACAUUGGAUUUUUGCAUCACCAUCACGUUACAGUAUGGAUAAUCUGAUACAUGAAGUAACAAGCGGUAAGGCGUGGGCAGCUGUCAGCAUCAAAGCUAAUACAACUCAGCUGAUCAGUUCAAUAAUCAGCUCGGUAUUUAGCAAUACAGCAGCAACUUCGGUCGUAACUGGUUCACCUUCUGUUGAAAUCAUACUUGAAAGUGGUCGUAGUUCUGUCACAGUUCUUCGAUAUCUUGAACCACCAAUUGUAGCCGCUGUUCAACGAGCUAAUGUACAAUAUUCACAAAUCAUUCAAACAAACUUAAUUCAACAGCUGAAUGGAAUGUCAUCAUCAAGAGUUUCAUCAUCUAUUCUAAAUUUAUAUGCAGUAAUUUCGAAUCCCAUUCAAUAUAUUAUAAAUGAUCUUCAUCCAAUUAAACAUAGUGCUGGUACAGGGGCUACUACCAUUGGCUAUAUUUAUGUUUAUUUGCUAGCCGUGAUAGCUGUAGGAGGUGCGAUUGGAUUAUCUCAAUCAUUAACUGGAAAAAUUCGUACUUUUGAUGUUAUCUUUGCUCGCCUGCUAAACGCUUCAUUUCAGGGUCUUAUUAUUAGUCUGAUUUUUGCACUGAUCGUCUUAUGGUUUUAUGGUUUUGAUAAUUACGGUCAUUUUGUCCGUUAUUGGAUGUUUAAUUGGCUCUUCUUUCUAACGUUUGCACCCAUUGUAGCGCUAUUAGUUGUUAAUUUAGGUCCUAGAGCAGCGUUUGUUCUAACACUUUUUUUCGGUGUAUCGUUGAGUGCGGCUGAUCUACUAAUAAGCGUUGAAUUACAACCAAGAUUUUAUAGGAUCGGCUACGGUCUACCGUUCUAUCAUGUUAUUAAUGGCGCCCGACAUUUAUUAUUUCAUUCAUAUUCUAAUUUUAACGCGGAUGUUGGAGCUUUACUUGCGUGGUCAUUGUUUGCAGCGAUUACGACAUGUCUGACAGCCGCUUAUAGAUUACACAAAGCCUCAGAGAAAAAACGACAAAGUUUGAUUAAAGAAAAACAAAUAAAAAGACAACAACCGCAGUUGAACUAUUAA